AUGAGGGCAUUGAAGGUUCCAAGCCUAACGAUGGUGGGUCUCUUGUUCGUUGCAAUUUUCGUUACUGCUCAGAUCCAGCUCUCUGCGUUAUACUCUAUGAUCUUCUCUUCUUCUUCGUUGUCAUCGUGGUCGUCGUCUUCUUCUUCUUCUGAUCUCUCUCUCAGAUCAUCACUUUCUAAUCGUUCUGCAACUUCAGAGGACCAGUCUCCGCCAGAAAAAGCAAGUGGCAAAAUCAAGCAACUUCUACCCGAGUCAUCCCAACUUUCAACAGCCACCCAAAUUAGCUGCGACCACAGUUCUAAUCGUUAUGAUCUUUGCAACAUUAGUGGUCCCACUGUUGUGGACUCCACUACGACUACAUUCUUUGUUAUGGAUCGUGCAAGAUCUAACAAGCUGAAGAUUGUGGAGAAGAUUAAACCAUACCCAAGAAAAUUUGAUCAUGACAUGAUGCCCAAAAUCAAGGACGUCACUCUCAUUUUAGGCCCAAAAGGCCCAAAAUGCAAGGUACACCACAACGUGCCAGCCUUGGUAUUCUCUGUUGGUGGGUACACUGGAAACUUUUUCCAUGAUUUCAACGAUGGAUUCAUCCCUUUGUUCAUCACCAUCAAUACUAUUUUUCCAAAUCAUCAAGAUUUUGUGAUCGUCCUAUCUGAGGGCCCUAAUUGGUGGCACAUCAAGUACAUAGAUUUACUAAAAGUGUUCAGCAAGCACCCAAUUAUUUCCCUAAACAAUGAAACCAAAACCCAUUGUUUUCCUUCAGCCCAUAUAGGCCUCAUUUCACAUGGUUUCAUGACCAUAAACCACACAUUAUUACCAAACUCAAAAACAUACUUGCAUCUUCAUGACAUGGUACAUAAAGCCUAUGGCAACCACCAUAACCAAAUUCCUCCACCCACAAGUCUCACUUUUCGACCACAACUCAUUUUUGUGAUCCGAAAAGGUGCCAUUGGAAGAGUAAUAGUGAACCAAGGAGAAGCAAUUCGAGUCAUGGAAGAAGUAGGUUUUGAUGUGGUUGUUUUCGAGCCUAAGGAGAAUACAUCAUUACAUGAGUCUUAUGCACUUGUUAGUUCAAGCCAUGCUAUGAUUGGUGUUCAUGGUGCUGCGCUUAUGCACUCGUUAUUCCUCCAAACAGGAUCGGUGUUUAUGCAGAUUGUUCCGAUAGGGAUAAAAUGGGCGGCAAAAGCAUUUUUUGGGAGGGUAGCGAAAGGGUUGAAGUUAGAGUACAUGGAGUAUCAUAUUGAAGUGGAAGAGAGUAGCUUGGUGGAGAAAUAUGAGAGGGACAGUUUAAUGCUGAGAAAUCCAAGUUCUUUACAAAAGGGUGGUUGGCCAAUAGAGGUAAUGGAUAUAUAUUUGAAGGAGCAAAAUGUGAAGCUAGAUUUGGUUAGGUUUAGAGGGUAUUUGAAGGAAGCAUAUGAGAAGGCCUACAAGUUCAUGUACACAAAGAAGAAAGUGGAUUUACCUUAA